CACAAACAUUUAGGACCUAGUCAUCUCCGCGUCGCCGCCAUCCGUGUCCGGCCCGGGACAGGGAAACUUCCUGUCGCUGCAGCAGACCCGCGCGCCGUCCCCGCUAAACUUCCCGCCGACGUCGCGGCACCUCAACAAUUCGAUCUCGUAGCGGAGCGUCUCGCCGGAGGGAACCCACCGCGUCUUGAGCCCAGCUUUCCGCGUUCCAUACAAGCUCAGCCCCGGGCCGUAGCCCGCAUCGUACGGCACGAUGAGACGCCCGACUUCGCCGGCGCGCAUUUGCGCUACCGCGGCGUCGACGCCGGGUGUGACUCGGCCGUCGACGCGCGGCGCGGAAACGAUCGAGCCGAGCUCGAAGAGGACCGGGCCGCCCUCGUUAAAGGAAUCGAGGAACACGGCGCCGCUCUCGAGCAAUCCGCGAAGGCGCACGGCGACGACGUCUCCCCUUUUCGGCACGGGUCCGGAGCCGUCGGAGACUUUCGCGUAGGUGCAUCCGUUCGGCAGCUCGACGGCCUCGUCUGCAUUCGCUGGCACGGGCGUGAGAGCAAUUACUGCGAGGGCGUGACGUCUGUUCAUUGUUCUAUGCAGCACCGCAUCGCUACGCGCAAGCACCCAGGCUGCAGCAACCAGGAGCACGUGGCCCAUGGAUGGUCUACGCAGCGUCUGCGCUUCUCACGUCGCGUCGAUGGUGUGUGCAAGUAGUUGAGUGUGAGAGCACACGUCCCAAGCAACACAGAGCAGUGCCUGCCUUACGAUCUGUGGCCUGCAGCUGCGAAAAGUGCCCGUUUUGGUCUCGAUUUGGAUUGUAUAUCGAUCGCUAACUGCGUAGCGGCGUGUGCAGCGGCACGAGCUCC